AUGGCUGGAGAUUCUAGAAUCUUCAUGAACCAAGACAUGGAAAUUGGCGUCACUCCAAGAGAGCCCAAGAAGAUUCCCAAACAGGCCCGAGAUGACAUCCCUAUCGCCACUGAUCGAACACGCCUCUUAGCAGCCGAAAUCAAGAAGCCGCGACAGCGCUACAUGCAAAAAAGCGGCAAGUGCAACGUCCACCAUGGAAAUGUUCAUGAAACCUACCGCUAUCUUAGUGACCUUUUUACUACAUUAGUGGACCUCAAAUGGCGUUUCAACCUUCUUGUAUUCACCAUGGUUUACACUAUCACUUGGUUGUUUUUUGGCUUCAUUUGGUGGCUCAUUGCUUACAUACGAGGAGACCUGGACCAUGUAGGAGAAAAGGAUUGGAUCCCUUGUGUUGAAAACCUCAGUGGGUUUGUCUCAGCAUUUCUGUUUUCCAUUGAGACUGAAACCACCAUUGGUUAUGGCCAUAGGGUUAUCACCGAAAAAUGCCCGGAAGGCAUCAUCCUGCUUUUGGUUCAGGCCAUACUGGGAUCCAUAGUCAAUGCAUUCAUGGUAGGGUGCAUGUUUGUGAAGAUCAGCCAACCAAAGAAGAGGGCGGAGACCCUCAUGUUUUCAAACAACGCUGUGAUUUCCAUGAGGGACGAGAAGCUGUGUCUUAUGUUCCGGGUUGGGGACUUGCGAAAUUCCCACAUUGUUGAGGCUUCCAUUCGAGCCAAGCUGAUCAAAUCCAAACAGACCAAAGAAGGGGAAUUCAUCCCUUUGAACCAAACAGACAUCAAUGUGGGGUUUGACACUGGGGAUGACCGUCUGUUUCUGGUGUCACCGCUUAUCAUCUCUCAUGAGAUCAAUGAGAAAAGCCCCUUCUGGGAGAUGUCCCGUGCCCAGAUGGAGAAAGAAGAGUUUGAAAUCGUGGUGAUUUUGGAGGGGAUGGUGGAAGCAACAGGUAAGACCUUACUUACUGCAAUGCCAACAUUGUUCCAGUUGGCACUCUGCUUAUGUUAA